AAAAGGUCUUGUGUGCAACAGGUGCACAUUAAUAUUAAUGUGCACCAAGUUGUCACACGUGUGAACGGAGUAAACAAAACGCGCAGAAAAAAGAAAGAAAGAAAUAAUCACGCAAAGAAAGAAAGAGGAGAGAGAAAACGCUCACAAAAAAAAUCGCAGAAAAAUCGAAAUCGAGAAGGAAGGAAGAAGGAAGAAGGAAGAAGGAAGAAGGAAGGAAGAAGAACUCAAUCGAAAUCGAUCGAAAUAGGAGAGAGAAACAACAAAAACGAUCGAAAACGAGAAGGAAGAAGGAAGAAGGAAGAAGGACAUUGAAAUCCAAACUGAAGAGAAGGAAGAAGAACGCAAUCCACUCAACAAAAGGAAGAAGAAAAAAAAAUGGAAAACCUAAUUAGGAGUGUGAUUCAAUCCACUCAAAGAAUUCAAGUUCCUGUUGAACCAGAUAUUCAAGAUGCAACAAUGGAGGACGUUCUCAACAAUUGCAUCGAAAACAAUGCUUUGGCACAGGAACGUGAAGAAGAGGAGGCAAUGGAAGCUGAAGAACAACAUAUUGUUUCUGAUUCUGAAGAACCGGAUCAAGAUAUUGUUGGAACACUGAUGGGAUACACUGCUGAAACAGUGGAGGAACUUCUAAGUUUCUACGAAAAACAUGCUAGUGAGGUUGGGUUUUCCAUAAGGAAAGGAAACACGAGAUUCAAAGUUGGGACAAGAAUCGUGCUUGAAAAGGCAUAUGUUUGUUCAGCAGUAGGAGUAACAAACAAUGGAAAGAACAAAAAGAAAAAAGUGCAAACAGUUGUUCCUGUGGUGCCCAAAAAAGAGAGAAAACCAAGGCAAGUUUCGAUCACGAGAACUCAAUGUAGGGCUUGCUUGAGAGUGAAAAUGAAUUCUGAAGGCAGAUAUGAGGUUGUUAAUCAUGUGAUAAUGCACAACCAUGAUUUAACUAGAAGUCAAUGGCACUACUUGCAUAGAUCUGAAAGGCAAAUAACGGAAGAGAAGAGGGAGGCAAUUGAAACUAUGCAAAAAUCUGGUCUGUCAUCCACGGCUUCCUUUAACUACAUGGCAAUUGAAGCUGGAGGUGAAGAAAAUUUGGGACACUCGAAGAAAGACCAUCUAAAUUACUGCACGAGGUUAAAAAUGAAGCAAAUAGAAGGAGGUGAUGCACAAGCAGUAACUGACAUAAUGUAUUUAGAGCUUGAAGGUGACCCAAACUUCUUUUUUAGAUUUAGAUUGGAUGAAAAAGGUAAAUUGAGGAGUUUGUUUUGGAGGGACUCUAUGAUGAUGGAAGACUAUGGAAUUUUUGGAGAUAUAGUGGUUUUUGACACGACGUAUAGAACAAACAGGUAUAACCUAAUUUGUGCUCCAAUAGUUGGAAUAAACAACCACUGGAACAAUUGCAUGUUUGGUUGUGCAUUCAUAGGAGAUGAAAAGAUUGAGUCGUUUGUGUGGCUUCUACAAACUUUCAAAAAGUCAAUGGGGGGAAAAAGUCCAAUAUCAAUCUUUACAGAUCAAGAUGCAGCAAUGAACAAUGCCAUCCAUCAGGUCUUUCCAGAUUCAAGACACAGAUUAUGUGUAUGGCAUUUGCAUCAGAAUGCUAUUACCAGAUUUGGGGCAUUGAAACGAGAUCCAACUUUUAAGAAGACAUUCAACUAUUGCUUGUAUAAGUGUGUCACAGUAGUUGAAUUUGAAACCAAUUGGAGAUCAAUGCUGCAACAAUAUGAGUUGAUAGGGGAAGAGUGGUUUACAAAUGUAUACAAUUUGAGAGAAAAAUGGUGCCCUGCGCUAAGCAAAGACUUCUUUUCAGCUGGGAUUUUGUCUUCACAACGAAGUGAAAGCACUAAUCACGCCAUCGGAUUUAGAGCAAACAGAACAACCAGUUUAACUGAUUUCUAUAGAUUGUUCAAAGGUACAAUACAACGUUGGAGAAGUACAGAAAAGCAAGCUGAAUUCUCUUGUAGUAAAUCGGUUCCAUCCUCGGCUUUACCACUAUCUGGAUUGUUGAAACAUGCAUCAGAAGUUUACACGUUGUCACUAUUCAGAGACUUUGAGGAGGAAUUUGGAUAUUCAAUUGCAACAACAGCAAAAUUAAUUUGGAAACAAGAAAAUACUGAGUUCUAUGCUGUGUCCAUUGAUGAAGAACCUUGGUCUGCACAGAGAGUAACAUACAUCCACGAGAGCCAAACAGUAUCAUGUACGUGUAAAAACUUUGAAGCUUCAGGAUGGUUAUGCUACCACUGCAUUAGGAUAUUGCACCUUCAUUCGGUUAACCGGAUUCCAGAACAGUACAUCAAAAAGAGGUGGACAAAAUCUGCCAAGUCAUCAGUUUGGAACAAAUUAGAAAAUGAAAAACCAGAAGAGGUGCAGUACACACCUUGGCGCCAAACCAUGGCUAGGAAAUACUACAACCUUAUCUUGAAAAGCCAAUCAAAUGAGGAGACAAGAACCCUUAUGGAGGAUGGUUAUGCCGCUAGUGUGUCUCUGGUUGAUGAACUUCUAGCGUCAUUAAAUCUUUCAAACACUGACGACGCUUCAACCACAGAAACAAGUGCAACAGCAGCACCUGAAACAAGUGCAACAGCAGCACCUGAAACAAAUGCAACAGCAGCAUAUGAAACAAACUCAGCACCAGCAGGUACUCAUGCAACAACAACAAGUGAUACAAGUGUACAACAAGCAACAAGUUCUGAACCUGCAACAAACACAGCAACUGAACCUCCUAUGGUAUUGGAUCCUGAACGUUGCACAACAAAAGGAAGGAACAAAAGACCACGAGGACCAUUUGUCAAAAAGAAGAAGGGAAAAACUGCAGCGCCUCCAACAGCAGACUUUGGAACAAUAACUCCAAAUUUGAGAUUAUUUUGAUUCUUUUAAUGUUUU